GUUUCCUUUUUACAGAUAAGGAUGACGCAAUAUAGAGGAAUCCAGAGUAAUUAACUAUUGAAAUGAAAGCCACUACGAAGCGAUAGUAUCAUCGAAACACAAAGUUUGAAAAUAAACAACCAAAAUGGAUAUCAACCAUGUAGCAUUGGAUAAAGAAGCAAUCAACCGCUUCGAACAGUAUACGUUGGCUAAACCCAAUCUCAAUGGAGCAAUUCCUUUGGACAAAUGCCAGGACGCCGAUUCGAUGGCAUCUAAUAGUAAAAAGAGAGCUCAAACUUCGCGGCAGAAAGUUUUGUGUUGCUUUUGUUUCAAAACAACAAAGUAUCGAAGAAAACAAUUCAUUAUCGGCUGCCUAACAAAUGGCGUAAUAUUUUCAGUUUUAUUGGCAUAUACGUUUCUAGGUUCAGUCAUAUUUUUAGCGAUAGAAGGUGGUGUAGAAGUUCCUGCUCGACCGAGGAUACUUCCAGACAAACAAAAAAUUACACAUAAAGAUAGUAACACAAAUAAUAAAGAAAUAGAGGAUGAUAAUGAUUAUAGGAAUUUAACACUAUCUGCAAACUAUUUCUGGGACGCGAGAAGCAAAGCCGUUGAAAAUAUCUGGGAAAUAACAGUCUCGUUAAAUAUUUUAUACAGAGAAAAUUGGACGCGGUUAGCUGCACAGGAAAUUCUGAAGUUUCAAAAUGAGUUGAUGCAAAGAGUCACGACAGAAAUGGCGUCGCAGUAUGGCGUCAGUUACAGAGAAAUGGCGCUGGGCGAAUUUACCGGGAAUGACAUUAGCAACCAUUACGAAGAGCACGAAUGGAAUUUGGCGCUGGCAUUUUUCUACUCGUUAACUGUUUUAACGACAAUUGGUUACGGUAACAUAGCUCCAAGAACUGUCAUGGGGAAAAGCGUCACCAUUGCAUAUGCUCUUGUUGGUAUCCCUUUAACACUUGUAUACCUUUCAAGUGUUGGAUCAUUAUUAUCAAAGAUGGCAAGAAGUGUUUUCAGCAGAGCACUAUGCUGCUGUCUCUGUUCAAACUGUGGUUACUGUUGCUAUGAUGAACGAAGAAUGGCCGAAAAAGAGCGAAGAAUGAAACUGAAAAGACAGCAAGAAGAAAUGAUCAACAGUCAAAAUACAAGCAAAACUCCAACAGAAGAAUGUUAUGUAUUAAAAGCCGAUAGUCAAAAAGACUCAAUAUCGGAAAGACCUACCACUAGUACAGCCAAAGAAGAUGUCAUUAGUUGGCCAGAUACUGACUCCAAAUUAUCAAUGCAUGGACUCAGUAUUUUAGCUCCAGUUUUUCUUUGUCUUGGAGCAAUUUUCAUUUAUAUAUCAAUAGGAGCUGUUGUGUUAUUUAAUUUAGAUAAUAUGAGUAUUACGGAUGGUUUUUAUUUUUGUUUUAUGACUUUAAGCACAAUUGGUUUUGGUAAUAUUAUUCCAGGAAUGAGUUAUACCACAAUUAACGCAGUUAGAUAUUAUACUAUUAAUUCCACUGUGUUGUGGUUUUGCUCGGCUUAUACUUUAAUUGGACUAGCGUUAACUGCUAUGUGUUUUGGUGUUAUUCACGAUGAGAUAAUAUAUCGUAUAAAACAUCAACAAAAAGAGUGGUCCCAAAAAAGUAACAUUGUCAACGAUGAGGUAAAUAUCAGCGAGGCAUAUUAUAUGAGCUCCUGACAAAUAUAUAAAGGCAAGUCCGAAAAUUUGUACAGUAUAAUGGAAGAUAGUUCUACAGUAGAACGUAAUAGAGUUGAAAUUGAGAGUAGGGAAGUAGUAUUAAGUGUAGAUGAAAUGUCAUUAGCAAUGGAAUCAACUACAGAUUUCCCGCCUCCACCUCCUGCAGAAGAAAUUGUUGCUAUCGUGACAAAGAAAGAACCUAAGAUUGUAAUGGGAAAUAUGGUAGCGUAUAACGUUUUACCAGAAAUGCUUGAUCAUAUUAACAAAUAGACUUUGUAUUUGUAAAUAAUAUUUUUUACAAUUUCUCUUUGUCGUUUAAUUUACUGGCUGUGAUUCCAUUACAAUCAAAUGUAUUACUUAUCAUUUUUAA